CUGCUGCCACCACUACCACUACUGCUGCCCAUCUCCCACCAGCAUGUCCUCUGCUCACUUCAACCGAGGCCCUGCCUACGGUCUGUCAGCAGAAGUCAAGAACAAGCUGGCCCAGAAGUAUGACCACCAUCGGGAGCAGGAGCUUCGAGAAUGGAUUGAGGGGGUCACAGGACGCAGCAUUGGCAACAACUUCAUGGAUGGUCUCAAAGACGGCAUCAUUCUUUGCGAGUUUAUCAAUAAGCUUCAGCCAGGAUCUGUGAAGAAAGUCAAUGAGUCAACCCAAAAUUGGCACCAGUUGGAGAACAUCGGCAACUUCAUCAAGGCGAUCACCAAGUAUGGGGUGAAACCCCAUGAUAUCUUUGAGGCCAAUGACUUGUUUGAGAACACCAACCACACCCAGGUUCAGUCUACCCUCCUGGCUCUCGCCAGCAUGGCCAAGACAAAAGGGAACAAGGUGAAUGUGGGGGUAAAGUACGCAGAGAAGCAGGAGAGAAAAUUUGAGCCAGAGAAGCUAAGGGAAGGACGGAACAUCAUCGGGCUACAGAUGGGCACCAAUAAGUUUGCCAGCCAGCAGGGCAUGACAGCCUACGGCACCCGGCGCCACCUCUAUGACCCCAAGCUGGGCACAGACCAGCCCCUGGAUCAAGCUACCAUCAGCCUGCAAAUGGGCACCAACAAGGGAGCAAGUCAGGCUGGCAUGACUGCACCUGGGACCAAGCGGCAGAUCUUCGAGCCAGGGUUGGGAAUGGAGCACUGUGAUACUCUCAAUGUCAGCCUGCAGAUGGGCAGUAACAAAGGAGCAUCACAGCGGGGCAUGACAGUGUAUGGGCUGCCCCGCCAGGUGUAUGAUCCUAAAUACUGCCUGACACCCGAGUACCCAGAACUAGGGGAGCCCACCCACAACCAUCACCCACACAACUACUACAACUCUGCCUAGGUCCCUGGGCCUCCCUGCCUUUCCCCAGGGGGCUGGCUGCUGCUCUUGGCAGGGCCUAGCUUGGCCUGCCAACCCUUCCUGCUGCAUGGCGUCCUCCAGCCCCCUGGCACCUACCUGCAGGGUUAGCGUUUGUGGGGAGUAGUUUGGGGCUCCUGUGGGGGGAAAAGGACCCACCUCUCUGUAGCAUUGCAGGGUCCAAUAUCUAGCCAGGUGUUCCCAAUAGCACCCAAAGGUCACAUUGAACAAAGCUACUUUGGCUGUCCCCCCAACUCCCUCACAGAUGAGUCCCCCAGGACAAGAAGCCCCCCAAGCAAAAUCCCCAGAGCCUAGGCUCUACCUGCCCCCACCCCAUUCCCACAGUGGGAGCAAACUGCAUGCCCAGAGACCCAGCGGACACACGCAGUUUGGUUUGCAGUGACUGGUGUAAGUGGAUGUGACAGUGGCGUUUGUGACUAGAGCACUUUUUCUAUUUCACUGGAGCACAAUAAAAGGCUAUAAAAUCUCUGAGGACUCAGAGCUGCUCUGUCCCAGCACCUGUGGGACUAUGGCACAUACACAGCCUUGCUAGGUGCUCUCCACCUCCCAUAUACAUUUGCAUACACACACUCACAGAAAACCUAAGACAUGCACACGGAGCUCCAGGCAUGUGUCACAGAUCCUCAUACACACACACCAUGCGUGUACAUGCUUGUUGCAGACUUCGGCACAGACUUCCCUUGCACACAUCCAUAUAUGUGCAGUACACAUCCCUACCCAUGAUGCAUAAAGCAGCACUCCCUCACACAUGACCACUAUCAGUAUUAAGCAUCUUAUUUAAAGGAGGCAGGGCAGGACAGAGCCUUCCAUGUACAUGUAAAUCAGAAGACUACAGAACACAUAAUACCUUGCUUAAUUUUUUUUUUUUUUGGUGCAGAAAUGAUGGGGGUGGUAUGCAAGGCCAUGUUAGGGGUCCAGUGAGAGAAGCCAGAAGUACAUGUGUCUGUCACCACGAAUGCACUCUUGCCUGUUUCUUCCACUACUUUGUUUCUGAAUAAACCCUGUGAUUAGUUGAUUGCUUUUGAGGUCAACACUCUCAGCACCCAAGUACCUUCCUUGAGCAUCUAUGGGAAACAGUGAAGAGCCUAAGGGCUGAGAUGGGCUAGGUGGGCUGUGAAUCAGUUCUGCAGCUCCCUAGCUGGGUGACCCUGGGCAAGUCAUUUCCCUUCCCAAGACCUGUUUCCCUGGGGUCAUAGGGAAGUGUAAAUGGAAUAAAGCCUCCCCAUGGGAAAUGAUAUUUGGCACUGACCAAUGAGAAUAGAUAAACUGGCCCUGAGGUCCCUGUGGGUGGGACAAACACUUUAGGCCUGGAGUAGAUGUGGAAAGGUGGAAAGGGACAGGGAAGUAGGGGAGGAUGGGUACUUUAGGGGUCCAGGGCAAUGGUCCCUUACUGAUAGGCAGCGUGGUAGAAUAUUAACCUUGGGGCAUGGUUACCCCACGUACCAUGUUCUUAACAUCCUCUUCUCAGGGCUGAGUCCUGGGUCUGGCCUGCCAGUCUGUGGACAGGGCUCCAACUUCCCCUGCCCCAUUUCAGAGGUGAGUCUGUUCCCACUGUGAUGUAGGCCCCAGUCACCUGCCACUGUCAAGGUUUCAUGGUGAGGAUGCAGCAAUACGGGGGCACAACAGUCUUCUCCCUGCUUCCCCAGGGCAGCUGAUAAGGCAGGAACACAGGCAACUGCAGACACAUAUCCCGGAGGACCUGCUUAUGACACAGCCUUGAGCCUUGUAAACCAGAUUCCAGGCGCUCUUGGCUAGGCUACCCUGAGUCUUGCUCCCCUAGGGCCAGAGUGGGGAAGCUAUGCUGAGGCUCCACGCCUGGCCCAGGGCCCUGCCUGCCUGGGAAGACAGCACCAUAUUUGAACUUGUCCUGUGAGACUAGGUUGGGCGGAACCUGGCACAAGUCCUCUCUCCAGUGGACCCUAAAGGGCACCCCCCACACUAGGUACUGUCUAAGGCUCUAUCCAAGUCUGCUGGCUCCUGCCGUGACUGAGGACCUUACUUGGGUCCUUGGUGGAUGGGACAGAAGCCCCUGGGAGGGUAAUAUGUCAGGUCAGAAUGGGCUGGGGGGUUAGGUGGGGGGUGGGCUCAGGCAGCUGGACCUGGUAACUAGGGCUUCCAGUGAGUUUCCCAUUUUCCUUGGUUGUUCGCAUCCCUCACUACACUGGGUGGUUCCAAGUCACUUGAACUACAUCAGGCUCUAUGCUCAUCAACCAUGAGACCUCCUCAGGGACAUACCCAUCAGUCAUGUUCAGAUGUAUUCUUUCACCACAUCCAAGCAAUUAGUUUAGUUCUGACACUAUCUGCCUGGUGGUAGUGUCAGAUUCCAAAGGGGAAGGACUCGAUCCUACAAGACUGCCUGCUCCCCACCUUUAGUCAACAAGUCCAAAUUAUCAUUUGUGCUUCUAAACAAUCAGCUAUACAUUAAUUUCCCAGGACCCCCUCCUCAGGUUUGACUAACUUACUAGAACAGUUCACAGAACUCAGAGAAGUAUUUACUUACUAGAUCAUCCUUUGUUAUAAAAGGAUGUUAAUUUAGGACAGCCUGAUGGAAGAGAUGCAUGAAGCAAAAUUU